AUGCACACCGUUGAAGAACUUCCAGGCGGAAAGAAGGGAAGCAGGAAUACGGAUUAUUACUAUUCCUCACUCUAUGCUCCGGGACCCCUUUCCUCACAUAUGGUAGCACCAAGAACUGCACAGGGUCUUUCUGGGUCAACAUAUUCGGCACGCAAAAUGAACAAAAGACAGAGGGUGAAUUACAACGUGAAAGAAAUGCAGCAGGCGCAGUUCAUGAGGGCAAAAAUAGAUGGUGGCAACGGGAAUUCCACAAAAAAUGAUUCACGUAAUGCAGAAGAGGAGAGAAUAAGCGAGGAAGAAAGACUGAUGAGUGCGUUAGAGUUGAAAAAGGCAAACAAACGGUUUGAGGAGCUCAGCCGAGAGAACUACAAUGAUAAUAUAAAGAUCGAAGUACCGAAAAACAUCACGCAUAUGCGAAGUUUGAGGAACAGAAAGCCAUCUAUUACCGUUCGUAGAAUCCUCAACUCCAAAAAGACGUGGACCAAUUACCUUGAUGAGAUUGACAAGCAAGAGCUACGCAAGCUUCGGGCACUUGAGGCCAGGCCUACAGUUGAGCGCACAAAAAAUCUCUGUACUAUAUGUGGAAAUAUCAGCUCGUCAAGAUGUAUUAAAUGUGGUGCGAGGGUGUGCUGUUUAAAGUGCAUGCAAGUCCACCAAGAUACGCGUUGCACGAGCUUUUAA